AUGGCCGAAGAUCAGCCGAUCGAAAGAGUGACAGCCUUGAUGGCUUUGAUGGCCAUGAUAGCAUAUUCCUCCCCCCAGUCUUCCACCGACGAUUCUCGCCCAUUUCCUCCGCUCCCAGGAAGAAUUCCGGUCGCUCACAAGAAGCUCAGCACGUUCUUCGAGGACUUGGAGGAUGAGCAAAAAGUCAACAUGAGUGUCAUUCUCUGUACUGCUGGCUAUGACCACACAAUCCGGUUCUGGGAGGCUCUCUCUGGCAUCUGCUCGCGAACGAUCCAGCAUCCCGAAUCCCAAGUCAACCGACUAUGCAUCACCCCAGACAAGAAAUACCUAGCUGCAGCCGGUCGGCAUAUGGUGCGCCUCUACGACAUCAAGUCGAGCAAUCCAAAUCCUAUCAUGCAGUUUGAGGGACACACAAACAACAUCACAGGAGUCGCGUUUCACUGUGAGGGCAAGUGGAUGGUGACCAGUUCUGAGGACUCCACCGUAAGAGUUUGGGAUACACGUUCAGGCCAGAUCCAACGCAACUAUCAACACACUCACCCGGUCAAUGAUGUUGUCAUUCAUCCAAAUCAAGGUGAAUUGGUCAGCUGCGAUCGCGGCGGAAACAUUCGCAUCUGGGAUCUGGGUGAGAGUAAAUGCACACACCAACUCGUUCCUGUCGAGGAUGUCUCCAUGGCCAGCGUGAGUGUUGCGAGUGAUGGAUCUCUCCUUGCCGCAGGCAACAAUCUAGGCGAUGUCUACAUCUGGCGCAUGUAUCAGAAUCAUGACUCGACAACUCUCUUGCCAUGCCGCGUCUUCAAGGCUCACAAGGACUAUCUGACUCGCUUGUUACUGUCCCCAGACAUCAAGUUGCUGGCGACAUGCAGUGCCGACCACACAGUCCGAAUCUGGAAAAUUGACAUGAACGAAGAACACCUCGAGGUCAUUCCCGAGUCAGAGACUCAAGCCGACGGUGCGAACCCAGCCAUGUCUCAGAGUCAGCCAAUCCUCAACGGCAGCUCAGGUGAAGCACAGCCACCAGCAAACCCUGUUGUCCCAGGCGACCCAUCGACCUACUUUCAAUCACGAUCGACCGGUAGCUUGACUUCUGUCUCACAGUCGAUGUCGGCAUCCUCAUUCCGUGCAUUGAGCGACUUGAUAGCCACUCGUCGUCCUCUGCCUUGCAAUGCGAGUUUAGACAACCAUCAGCGCUGGGUCUGGGAUUGUGCAUUCAGUGCAGACUCGGCCUACUUGGUGACUGUCUGUAGCGACCACUACGCUCGUCUUUGGGAGUUGGCUACUGCAAGUAUCAUUCGACAGUACAAUGGCCAUCACCGUGGUGCUGUUUGCGUGGCUCUCAAUGACUACUCCAACCCACCCUAGGAAGGUGAGGAAGAGGAGAUGAAAUGAUUUCCAUCUGCAGCGAUGGCGUAAGGCGUUCAUCAGGGUUACCACAAAAACAUUGCGUUAUGAUUUGGCAUGGACAAUGUCUUGGCUUAUUGGGCAUAGCAUACUGGGGGUUGACAUGGACAUGAAUCACAGGUACACAACUGUACUUGGCGGUUGAGCUUUCGGCUUCCGCUUGCCACGGCCUAAGAACGAUCAGGUUGGCGAAGGGCACAACGUUGGGAGACCCUCCAAAAGGUCAAUGGGCUGGAUUUGUCGAGAUUCUUAUUAUGUAGUAUUACGGAUUGAUACCCAGAAGAGCACUUGGGAUGAGCCUAGCCGUCCUUACAGCGGAUUUCGCCAGGAUGUCCUAAUACAGCUUGAAGCUUACACAGG